GCUCAUGAUUCCCCAAUCCUCCUCCCUCCGCUAUUUGCUCCCGCUUCUCCAUCAUGUUCAUGCGGGCGUGCGGUGCGCUCUAGGACGACGGGCGUUUGAUUGAUGAUUGGCGUCCUGAUUGCAGCCGCUCUAGCUCUGGUUGGACUCUGCGCCGCGGCGAUCGGCGCCGGGAGGAGGAGGUGGACGGGAAGGGGUGGUGGACGAGGAGAAGGGGCGGCGAGCGGCGACGCGACGGGCCGAAGAGGAAGCGUCGGCGAGAGAGGUCACGAGCUGAGGUGUUGUAGCUGCCAAGAAAUGAGCUUGCGGACCUGCCCGGCCGUGGCCGGGGACGCGACGGCGGAGGAGCUGCUCGAGCGGGCGCGCGGGCUGGUGCCCCCGGCUCUGGCCGCGGCGCGCGCGGCGACUGGCUUCGGCGGGCGGUGGAAGGCCAUCGCAGUAAGGCUGGAGCGGGUAACGCCGUGCCUGUCGGACCUGUCCAGCCACCCCUGCUUCUCCAAGAACGCGCUCUGCCGGGAGCUGCUGCAGUCGGUGGCUGCCACGCUCGCCGAGGCUGCGGAGCUCGGCGCGCGCUGCCGCGAGCCCCCAAAGGCCGGGAAGCUGCAGAUGCAGAGCGACCUCGACGCGCUCGCCGGGAAGCUGGACCUCAACCUCCGGGACUGCGCUCUUCUUGUCAAGACUGGUGUGCUGUCCGACGCGACGGUCCCGGUGGCUCAGGCUGAGGCGGCAGCGACGGCGGGCGCGCAGACGGACGUGCGUGAGCUGCUUGCCAGGCUUCAAAUUGGGCACGCGGAGGCGAAGCACCGGGCGGUGGACGGGCUGCUUGAUGCUCUGCGCGAGAACGAGGAGAGCGUGCUGUCGGCGCUCGGCCGUGGCAACGUGGCCGCGCUGGUGCAGCUGCUCACGGCGACGGCACCCAAGGUCAGGGAGAAGGCUGCGACUGUUCUCUGCUUGCUCGCCGAGUCUGGCACCUGUGAGGGCUUGCUCGUGUCAGAAGGCGCGCUGCCGCCGCUCAUCCGGCUGGCCGAGUCCGGCAGCGUAGUCGGCCGGGAGAAGGCCGUCAUCACGCUGCAGCGGCUGUCCAUGUCGCCCGACAUUGCCCGUGCCAUCGUCGGCCACAGCGGCGUCCGUCCGCUCAUCGACGUCUGCCAGACUGGGGACUCCAUCUCACAGUCUGCCGCGGCCGGAGCGCUCAAGAACAUCUCUGCGGUGCCGGAGGUCCGGCAGGCGCUGGCUGAGGAAGGCGUGGUGCGGGUCAUGAUCAACCUGCUCGACUCCGGCGUGGUGCCUGGCUCCAAGGAGUACGCCGCGGAGUGCCUGCAGAACCUGACGUCAAGCAACGACAACCUGCGGCGCGCCGUCGUGUCCGAGGGCGGCCUGCGCAGCCUGCUCGCCUACAUCGACGGGCCGCUGCCACAGGAAUCCCCCGUGGCCGCGCUCCGCAACCUCGUCGCCACCGUCUCGCCGGACACCCUGGUGUCGCUGUGCGUGCUACCGCGCCUCGUCCACGCACUCCGCGACGGCUCCGUUGGCGCGCAGCAGGCAGCCGCGGCGGCCAUCUGCAAGGUCUCCAGCUCCACGGACAUGAAGCGGCUGGUGGGCGAGCACGGGUGCAUCCCGCUGCUGGUGCGGCUGCUGGAGGCCAAGUCGAACGGCGCCCGAGAGGCGGCGGCCCAGGCGGUGGCGAGCCUGAUGGGGUACCCUCCCAACGCCCGGGACAUCAAGAAGGACGAGAAGAGCGUGCCCAACCUGGUGCAACUGCUGGAGCCGAGCCCCCAGAACACGGCGAAGAAGUACGCCAUCUCCUGCCUGCUGGCGCUGUCGGCGAGCAAGCGGUGCAAGAAGCUGAUGAUCUCGCACGGCGCCAUCGGGUACCUGAAGAAGCUCUCGGAGAAGGACGUCGCCGGCGCCAAGAAGCUGCUUGAGAAGCUGGAGCGCGGCAGGCUGCGCAGCCUCUUCAGCAGGAAGUAACAUGAUCUCCGGGUGAUCUGAAGCAGCUAGUAGCGAAGCGUUCCUUUCCUUUUUGCCGUAAACCUGUAUAAAAAUCCCGUCCUGUUUCAUAGCCUCAAUGAAGUGAAGUGCGGCAGAGCGGUGAAGGGAGGGGGAGAGAGUAGUCGGGUUCAUGUGAAGUGAACAUAUCGCGGUUGUAAUUUCGCUGGCUAAUGUGUGCGUCAGGCAGUUCGUUCGUUCGUUAGUUCCUAACCAUGGUUGCAGUCGCUUCGGGUAGGCUAAUAAAAUUUCUUCAGGCAAGAUCAUUUUGCACAGUUUUCU